UCCCCUCAUUUACAAUCAAUUCAUCUUGAGCCUUUUUCUCUCAUUCUCUAUUCUAUCUCAACUAUUGUUCAUCCUUUUUCUCUUGUUCUAAGUUAUAAUAUAUUAAACAAAUUUAAUAAUAUUUAACAAAUGGCUUCACAAGUUUGUGAAACUUUGGGUUAUGAUGUAGAAAUCAAAGGUGAUAAUCUUCUCAUGUCACUAAUGGAAGAGUUACCAUGUGAUGAAAAUGAUGAUGAGAGAUUAGAUAGUUUGAUAAGAUCUUUUGAGGCUGAAAUUAGUGAAACCAAGAUGGGUGAUCAUCAUCAUCAUGAUUCAACAAGUAUAGAAUUACUACAAAUGAAGAGCAAUUUUGAAGAAAAUUACAUUAAUGAAUCAUGGAACAUAGGACAAGUGGAUGAGUUUGAGGUUGAAUGGGUUGAUAUGGAUUUGAUACCAUCCUUCCAAUUUGAUGAUGGGAGUUGGGAGUGUUUUGGAGAUGAGAAGGAUGGGAUGAUGGUUGGUCAUUUAAUGGUUUGUGAUGAUGGGCUGGAUAUGGAAGAACAUGCCUACAAUUCAUUUUGGCAAGAUAAUUAUGACAUGGGUUUGGUUCAUUAGUUUGCCAUGUUGCUUAUGUAUAUAGACUAUAGUCAUGUUUUGUAAUUAAUUCUCAAUCCUUUUUUUUUUUUGUAAUGAGAUUAUAUGAAAAAAGAGGUUAUGAAUUUGGAA